AAAAUAAAUCCUCCAGUCAGAUGCUACAGAAAGUUUCUAAAGCAAUGUUUUUCUCGAAAGGAGAAAGAAGUAUCACUUCAGUGAGCAGAUCUACAGUCAGUACUUCUUCAGUCCCGUCCUGGUUUAGUGAUAGUAACCAUUAUGUCCUUUUGGGUGAAGAGGAGAAGUGAGUUUGAUGCUCUUUGGAUCAUGCCUCAGGGACCCAAUUAUAUGAAACACUGAGCAACCUCAAGUCCCACGGAAAUCAGUCUGAGGUUGAAGUACUAGAUGUUUUGUGUGAUCGGAUGCCAGCAUCAUUAACUGAAUGCCACGUGCAGAUCUGGGUUUGGUCUCUUUGUAUCAUUGCUGCUAAUGGCAGUCAAAUAAAAGGCAAAUGGUACAAAAUCCAUUUUGAGGUUCUCUAUUUUUAUCAUCAAAAUGACCCAAAACGGUCUUAGCUUGCCUUCCAGUCCCUGCAUUGGGUUUAAAGAAUUAGCAGCAAAGAAAACUCGUGCUGCUCUUUCUAUAAAGUGGAUACGUUUGCUUCUGAUUCAUGCAAGCAUAAAUUUCCUGUGAUACUUUCAGUCUUUUGUCAGAGGUGGGCAAAACUGUUGAACUCAGAGCUUAUUUAGGCAGCUUACUUUAAUCUGUAUUUUUUGAAAAAGUUACUGUUUUGGGUAAAUUGGAGAGCUCUUAAUUUUUGAGUGGAUGCUGCAGCAUGAAGUGCAUGAUGUAUUAUACCUGUAUUUAAAUUAUCCACACCACCCUCUCUGUUAAUUACUUAUGUUUCCUGAUUCUGUAGAGUGUAACAUACCUCCUUGAGUCUUUGUUUUCUACCGACCUGAACCAGAAUACAGAUCCAUCAAACAGCAUGUUCUGAGCACGUUGUAAAUAUUUCAAGCCUCAGCCCCAUAGACACACCUUAGUUCUUGAGUAGACCUAUUAGACUCGAACUGUUGUAUGAAACCUGCUCAGUUUAGGAUCAUGAAUGUUACUUUUCUAUGAUGAGUUCUGCUCCAUAGUUCUCACCAAGCAGCACAAUGACGUGUAGUGAUUUUAAAAUAAGAUAGUGUUUAAAACCGUGAGAACAUUGUUUUGCAACGUUUUUCAUGACAUCACCCCAGUGAGAUGGUGGGUCUAUAGUGCAACGGUUUCUCUUCAACCCUGAGGUUAGUUCUUUGAGCUAACACUUUUCAUUCUGUAUUUGCACAUCUUUUGCACAGUAGACCCCUUGCCUAUGGCUGAGGUUUGCCAUAAAUUAAUGCGUGUGCUUUUGCAGUGGAAUAAACAGGUUACUUUUUAGAGGAAAACAAAACACAUCACAAAGGUAAAUUAUCACUGAACUGCUAUAGAAGAAGCUGCUCCUGGAGAAGCAGAUGAUCACGUUCUCUGCCUUCAUUAAAAGUAGGUACAGACCUACUCUCGUGUACCUGCAUCCUGCUGGGGUCAAGUACACAGUUUACUCGUCCAACUUGCGGGUUUUUUUCAGCAAUGCUUUAAGAGAAUGUCAGGAAGUUACAAUUCAGAAAACUAGGAAUGAAAUUAUUUUUUUCUAACAAUGGCCAAUGAGAAAUAUUAAGCAUAAUAGUAUGUUUUGUAUGACAAUUCUAAAACUGAAUGAUUUUUUUCUUUCCUAUUUAAAGGAAGAGCCAAGGCUGGAUGUUCUGAUAAAUAAUGCAGGGAUAUUCCAGUGUCCGUACAUGAAGACAGAGGAUGGUUUUGAGAUGCAAUUUGGUGUAAACCACUUGGGUCACUUCUUGCUCACCAACCUUCUUCUGGGCCUCCUCAAAAAUUCUGCUCCGAGCAGGAUUGUGGUAGUAUCCUCAAAGCUUUACAAAUAUGGAGAGAUCAACUUUGAAGACUUGAACAGUGAAAUAAGUUACAAUAAAAGCUUUUGUUACAGUCGGAGUAAACUGGCUAACAUAUUAUUUGCAAGGGAGCUAGCCCGUCGGUUAGAGGGGACAGGAGUCACCGUCAAUUCACUUCAUCCUGGGAUUGUCAGAACAAAUCUAGGCAGAUACGUGAAUAUUCCUUUGCUGGCAAAACCCCUGUUCAACUUGGUGUCAUGGGCUUUCUUCAAAACACCUCUGGAAGGAGCCCAGACUUCUAUUUAUUUGGCCUCUUCUCCUGAUGUCGAAGGCGUGUCAGGAAAAUAUUUUGGGGACUGCAAAGAGGAGGAACUCCUGCCCAAAGCCAUGGAUGACUUGGUUGCGAGAAAGUUGUGGGAUAUCAGUGAAGUGAUGGUUGGUUUAUUGAAAUAAGUGCCAGGGGGUAUCUGCUAAAGGAAUGCAGAUAACUAUGCAAUACGUAUUUGCAACAGUGUAAUUCUCACUGUAAAUGCUGUGGGAGUACAGAUUACUUUGCUCAAUAAGUAUUAAAUAAGAGGAGUGAUUUAUGCUGGAACUCUGUUUUGAAAUAAAGGACAAUAUUUAAUAGACACAGGCGUUCAGAAAAAGUCUGAAAUAGAGUUUGAGGGUGUGAAUAUAAUUUCUGGUUAAAUCUGCUUGGAAACUCAUGUUUUACAAAUAAAAAUUAAACAAAACUGUGUUUUGCAAUAUAUGUGCAUAUUUGUCAUGUUCCACUACUUGUAGUUGGGCUGGACAACGCAGGGUACUGAUGGUGAAACACUUCUCCUGUAAAAAGGUUUUGAAAAUAGAUCCUAAUAAUAAUAAUAGGAUUGUUGUCUUUUUUGAGCCAUCACGAUGAAAAAUGGAAUAAACGGUUUUACUGAUAUCUUACACUGUAAUUGUUUAGGCCUCUCAGUGCCAUUCAAAGACUUGUUGUCAGCCGCAUGGUUCAGUGAACAAAACUGUUCAGCCGUAUACAGUUUAGCUGUGAAGCACAAAGUCAACUUUUUUUAGUGAUGUCGCUGCUAUUCAAUGAGUGUAUACACUUGGUUGUGCAAGCUGUAUUUUUAUUUUCCUGUGUGCUGAACUUGCUAUUUCAUGAUAUGCAGACACCUUGGGUUUCAAUAAAAACAUAGUUGACAGAUGUA